UCGAAAGUUUCUGUUAGAUUUUUGUUGAAAUAUCAUAAAUUUUUAUCAAUUUUUUUAUGUAAAGAAAUGCCUAAAGAAAUAUUCCAAAAUAAAAAAGGUUGUUGUGUCAAAAAAUGUAAACUUAUGGAAAGCAUUUUAUACAAUUUUCCUCAAGAUAUGGAACUACAAAAUAAGUGGAAAGAAGCUCUUCAAAUUGCUACCGAGGUUAAUGAUGAUUUUUUAGUAUGUUCAGGCCAUUUUAAUAUUAAUAGCUUUUCCGGAUCAAAAUAUACUCUUAAAGAAGACUCAAUACCAGAUAGGAAUUUACCGCCUAUAGAAAAAGGAAUGAAAACAAAGACAAAUCAUACGUCAAAACCAUCAAAUGAAAGAAGUUUUGAAAUAAGAAAGAAAUUAAAAUUAAAAAUAAAACCUUUAAGGUACAGCUACCCAAGUAGACGUAUUGAUAAUAGAUCUCCCAGUCCAGAUUUUUAUGGUUUCGAUUUAUCAAAACCAGAAAAUAAUAGUGUAAGUGAACCAGUAAUAAAACCCGAAAAACUUGGUGUUGAAAUCUUAUAUCUUCAAGAAAAAAAUACCAAUUUUGAAGAUAUAGAAGAUCCACAUUCAAAUAAUAUGUCUCUUAUAACUUCGCAGAAAGAAAUAAAGUGUUGCGUUGUCAAGUGUGAAUCGACUGACGAUAUUUUUUACAAAAUUCCCCGUAUAACAGAAUCUAAUAAUAAAUGGUCAAAUAUGUUAUUGGCAAAUAGUGAAACAAUGGAUGACUUACUUAUGUGCGGAACUCAUUUUCAAGAAUAUAAUUUUCCGCCGAUAAAAUAUUCAUCAAAAGAUCAUAGCUUCUCAGACAGAGUUGCAACUAAAGAUGUAAAUAUGAAAAUAUCAGAAAAUUGUGUGAUUAACAAACCUGAAGAGAUUAACGAAAACGCUACAAAAAUAUAUAAUAGAUCAAUUAGUCCAGAUUUUUAUGGUUUUGAUUUAAAAAAUGAAUGUACAAAUUAUAGAAUAGAAGAAAAUCCUAUUAGCCUACAAAAAAUUAAAUAUGAAUUUGAAGAUGAAAAAUUUAUUUCAGAUAUAUCGAAUGAUUGUGAUUCUGAUUUUGCGAUGCAAGGUGAGGAAGAUUUUUUAGCUAUGCAAGAUAUUGGGAUACAGACUGAUUCAUCUGAUAUUUUAAAUGAUGUUAAAUUGCAAUUAUCUAUUUUGAAUAAUAAAUCAACAAAAUAUUUUUAUGAAACUUUAAAUACACCAAUUAAAUUAGAAUGUUGGACUGGUAUUAAAAAUUUGGAUAUAUUUAAAAAAUUAAUUAAAAAAACAAAUAAUUAUAUAGAAUCAGAAAAUGAAUUAUGUAAAAUUGAAUAUCUAAAUAAAAUUCCCAUCGAAGAAUUUAUAACAAUCUUAAUGGUUCAUAUAAGAACAAAUUUAAAUUUUUUAAGAAUGUCAGUAUUAUUUAAUAUGACAGAAGAAGAAAUAUCAUAUAGUUUUGAUAUAUUUUUAUCAAUUCUACAUUCAAUUUUAUAUACGGGAAAUAAUUGGCCAUCAAAAAGACAUGGAGAAAGUUUUUGUUUAAUUAUUGAAUUAUUUGAAUUUUCAAUAGAAAAAAAUAAUUCUAAACAUGAUAAAGAGAAUACUUCUAUUAAAGCAUUAGUCGGUUUUAAUGAUAUUGGUAAUAUAAUAUGGUGUAGUAAAGUUUAUUAUAAUUCAAUAUCAUCUCAUCAAAUAUGUAGAGAAGAAGGAAUUUAUGAUAAAUUAAGACGUAUUGAUAAAGUAAUAUUAGAAAAAGAUUUUGAAAUUCAAAAUGAAUUUAAUAAAAGAGGUUUAAAUUAUUAUACUGAUGAUAAACCAUUAAAAACCGGUAUUUGGAAAAUAAAAAAUUUUGUUCGAGAUCAUAUCUAUUCAUUUGAAAUAUUUCAGAAUACUAUUAAACAUCAAUAUACAUGUUAUAUAGAAAAAAUUUUACAAACUAUUUGUUUUUUAAUCAAUGAAAAAUCGUAAAAUAUAUUAUU